AUGGUGAAACAACAAUUAGCCUUGACCCAAAACGACGAUGAAAGCCUCGGCUAUUCGGCAUUUAUGAUGGCAAAUCCACCUAUGCGAAAUGUCAUGAAGUUCAUCUUCUUCAACAUUACCAACGAGGAGGAGGUAAAAUACAACGGUGCUCAGCCCAGAGUCUUCGAAACGGGAGCUUAUUCAGUGCUGGAAUCCGAGCAAAAGCGCUACAUCGAAUUCUCGUCGGACCAGAGCCAGAUGUUCUACGAAAACUACAAAAUCUACAACAUUGAUCCGGAGGAAUCGUGUGAGACGUGUGAUUGGGAAGAAGAUAUUGUCACGAUUCCGAAUCCCGUCGAAGUGGGAGCUGCCGCCGACGUGAUGGACCCGCAAUUCGGUAUCUCGGACCCGGAAAAGCAUCUGAUUGCCGUGAUGAUGCUCCUUGUCGGCGAGUAUCCAUUUAUCACGAAAAAGGUGAAGGAAAUUCUGUUCACCGGUUACAACGACCCGAUGCUGAGUCUUGCUCAUUCCGACUUGGUGGCGACGAUUAGCAAAAUUGUUAAGGGCGAUAACGGGUCGAUAAUCCCGAUUCCAUGCCCGGCGAUGCCGCGGCUCGGCUUUUUCAUAGGGUACAACAACUCGCAGGACGAGAGCUACUGGGUGAAGACUGGGAAGAAUAAUAUUGAAGAUAUUGGAAAAGUGACACAGUGGGGCAACGUACGCGAGCUGCCCGACUACUGGUGGACGGACGACUACGCGAGGAGCAUCAGGGGCUCCGAUUCGGGGAGCUUCAACAAGUGGAAACUCGAGAAAUCAGACCGCCUGGAGAUGUUCUACUCUUUCAUGUGCCGCAGCUUCAACAAGGAGUUUUUGGAGGAGACUGAAGUGAAUGGGAUCCCGGCGUACAGGUACUCGACCCCGUUUGAGGACUACGAUUCUACGUUGGAGAUUAAUCGAGGGUUUCGCUAUCGAAAUUUCGAGAAUAUUGAUUACUUUCCGAACUGGCCGGAAUGUCCGGAAAAAAACGCCUCUCGCUGUUCGGGCCAACACAGCGUCGAUUGCUCUCAAGCUAUCAAUUUCUGCAAUGAUUGCUGUAAUGGGAGUCAUGUGGGCGAUACGUACUUGUUGCCGCCCGGAAUCUUCCCAUUAGUAUGCUAUCCAGGGAAACUCCAACCGACCCCAUUCUCCGUCAUGUACUCCCCGCCUCACUUUUUGUAUUCCCCGCAACAAGUGAUUGAUACGGUAGUGGGGAUGAAUCCAGAUCCGGAGCUCCAUCGACCCUUCCUCUAUGAUCACGAACCGCACUCUGGGCAAGCGAUGCGCGUACAAGUCCGGCUGAUGGUCUCCACCCCAAUGAUGAAUCGGACAACAUUUUUCCACAACACCCAUCUUCCCUGCGUGAUGUUCCCCAUCUUCUACCAGAGCGCCAAGGCGGUGGUGUUGGAUGUGGUGCUGAACAAGUUGUGGCUUGGCUUCGUCUUUGUGCCGAAAGCCGUUGCAUUUUUGAAGUAUCUGCUCAUCUCAUUCGGCCUCUUCCUCCUCGUGCUCCUUUUCCUGAUCCGGAAUCGGCAGAUGGAUCACAAGCCCCGUCAUAAAGUGCUCAACGAGCACAACAAGUACCGCAACCGUCACCAAGUUGGUAGCCUGGUGCUGGACGAGAAGUUGAACAACCUUGCCCAAGAGUGGGCAAACCGUCUCGCGUCCACCGGCUCAUUCCAGCAUCGCCCGAAUAGCGGCUACGGCGAGAACAUUUCGAUGGGCUCGGGGAGUUACGCGAACGACCUGGUGAAGCCGUGGUACGACGAGGUGCAGAACUACAACUUUGGGCGCCACGCGGGCUCGGGCACUGGGCAUUUCACGCAGAUUGUUUGGAAGGCGUCAAAAAAGCUGGGCGUUGGCCGCGCUGUGGCCAAGGACGGGUCGACGUACUUGGUGUGCAACUACGAGCCGGCCGGCAAUCUGAUCGGCGCACAUGCGCAAAACGUUUUCCCCGCCAAA